CACGUAAACGCUUGAACCAGGUUUUUUCUUCAGCUGGUUGUUAAAACUUUUCUUCCCUCGAAGCGGAGCUAUUGCCAGGAUUAUUUAGCGCUGGAAAGGAUUAAAACGGAGCUAACUAAUCAGCAGGAACCCUCCAAGAGUGCCGCCCAUCGCGUUGAUGCCGAGGAGGAGCCGUGGAGUUAGGGGGCAGCAGCAGCAGGUAAGAGCCGGACUUUCUGGCCAGGAUGAGGCUGCUCAAGGAACUGAUGCGUGUGGCCACCCAACAUCGUGCCUUCUACUGCUAUGUGCUGCUCAGCGUCUGGAUAUUCCUGCUUAUAGCGGGAAUGUAUCGCUACAUGGGCAAUGUUGAGUCGAUUUCGGGAGGUGGUGGCUCAGUUUUUGGACCCAGUUCGUCUGGCACCGUCAGUUCCUUGGGCGGCGAUCCAAUGGCAUCCUCCACUGCCCAACGGUUUGCCAAGUACCGAGAACGCUGUGCUCCGCUGCCGCAGCUGCAGCGUUUGGACGAUGGCGGCAUCUUGGAGGGUUGGAAGCUUCAGGGAGUGCUCCUGGUCAUCAGGCACGGGGAUCGAGGACCCAUUUCUCAUGUCCGAAGUGCUGGCAUCAAUUGCGGCGUGAGUGGAGGUGGCACAGAUAGCCUGGUCAACAGGUGGGUUUCUCUUUCGUCUCUUGAAAUUAUUAAUCUUUCCUUAAAACUAUUUCCCUUUAGAUAUCGCAGCUUUUUGUACAACUCGAGCAGCUCCGCUUCGGGCUCGAAUCAUAUGUACUGGAGCAAAGUGGGUCCGUUUCAUGGAUUUCCGCUGCUUCCAGCCACGGAACGUGGUUGUCCACUGGGUCAGCUGACUUACAAGGGCAUUUCGCAGCUUCUUCACGUUGGCGACAUCAUGCACCAGGUGUAUGCCCAUCCCUUGGGUCUGCUGCUCAAACCGAAUCCCAAUCGCGCUUCAGUGGAAACAACUCCCCACACGCUUCUCAAUUCGGACGAAGUGGUGGUCUUCACCACUCGCUAUCGUCGUACCUUCCAAUCCGCCUUGGCCAUGUUGUUCGCCCUGCUGCCGGCGGAUAAAUGGUUGGCUCUGAAUGUCCGGGAAUCUCACAGCAUGGCCUUCUGUUUCGGGGAGUGCAGCUGUCCACAGUCGGCUUUGCUAAGGAAACGUUUGGAGGCAAUGGGAGAUAAGCAGCUGCUGAAACGUGCCGAUGUCCUGGAAGUGAUGCAGUGGAUAGGUGGCACCAUACUGCAACACACUCCCAAUGGCAUUAGCAAUCCCUUCGAGGUGGUGGAUGCCCUGCUUACCGUUCUUUGUCAUGAUGCUUCGCUGCCAUGUCGGCGGAAAAAGCAGGUUUCCACUCCUAAACCUCUGAAAAAGAAUUCCAAUCAAGAGCUGGUGGAUGUAAUUAAUAUAGAUCAGGAUGAAACGGCUGCCAAUCUGUUACAGGAGGCACAAAACCAGCAGGAACCCGAUUCCCCCGAGCUGCAAAAUGGAAAUCCUUCGCUGCAGGCUGAGGAAUCUCAAGAGGGCUGCGUAGAACCGAGUCAUGUGGACACCCUGAUGUCCUUCGCCGAUGAGCUAUCUCAACGUUCCGCUAGCCAUUCAUACUACAAGCUAUCUGGACUUUUAAGAUCCUAUGGAAUGAUCCGUCACAUUGUCAGCUAUAUGCUAAAGAUGAUCUCCGGUGAUAGGACAAAGUUUGUGCUGUAUUCUGGUCACGAUUGCACCAUGCAAUAUCUAACAGCUGCCUUGGGAAUCAUCACGAGUCAAGGUCAAACUAUUGCCUAUGCCUCCAGAUUGGCUUUCGAAGUUUAUCGCAGUGAAGCGCACACGGAUUACUAUUUUCGGGUAGUUUAUAACGGAAAGGAUGUGACCCAACAAAUCGAUUUUUGCGAGGGCGGAAAGAGCCUGAGGGUUACGAGGGAUUCCCGGGGAAACAAAGCCGAUCUGUGUCCCAUCGAGAACAUCAUUCGCUUCCUGCACGAGGAUUACUUUAGUCCACUGAAUGCCACCAAUUUUAAAGAAGCCUGUGGGGUGAUCAAUCCACCAAAAGCUGGAGAGUUUUAGUCAGAAGUAGGAGAUCCCUUUGCAAACUGUGAUAAGUAGUUAAGAAGCCACCCGAAAAAAUGGAGGAGUACGAUGUCCAGAAAACGACCGCAUUUUAGCGACGUUAUCUCUUUACACUUAGUUGGAAUUUAGUUAAUGCAUUCAACUUGUUGAUCCACAAAUCGAAAACGAUACAUAUCAAUGGAGCACUUGUUAGCUUUUAAGAACCUGCAAUCUAAAAAUCCCACUUUUAGGAGAGAAAAUUAAAACUAAAAUCAUAAGCAUUUCAGCUUUUUAAAGUUAAUUAUAAA